CCGGCCCCUCUGACAAACCGCGCUGCGUCAUCGACCUGGGGAGACUCUUGAAUACUUUCAUUGGGCUGAAGAGAGACAAACUCACCUCACCCACGGUCCCCUCAGCAGCUCCUACCUGCGCCGGUCUCCAGAGCCAUUUGUACAACCAACCCUGUUCAUUCGGAGCGCACGGUUCACCGCGCUGUGGUUCCAACUUGUACACUCGCUUUUCGUGAAAUUCUUUCCGAACUAUGCUUUUAUUUAACGGUGUAUGAAGUGAACCAAUUCUUGCAGUGCUCUAUCUUCGGUGAAGGUGUUGUUCAUUACAGUCUCUCAGCCGGAGAAAGUUGCGCAUCGCUUGUUGAAUGCAGGAUACCUUCUGCCUGAGCGUCAAUUCCAAGUUCAGCUUUGGAGCAACAGUCGGUAAGGAGCGGGGACUCCAGCUUCUCACCUCUCUCGCCGCCGAUAUGAAGUCUGCAGAAGAAGAUGCAUACAGCUACACACCAAACGUCAGCCUGUCCCUUCCACUGGGCAUGGGAAACCCCUGUCUGGCCACCCAGUACCACACCUUACAGUCCAGCCCAGUCAUCUCAGUUUCUUCUUGCCACCAGACAAACUACAGCCUCCAAAAUGAUAACCAUGCAGCUUCCAGCUAUUACUUGCCCCAUGGCCUGAGACCCAAUGGGGCUCCAGCCUUGGAAAGCCCCCGUAUUGAGAUCACCGCCUACAGCCAGUACCCUGAGGAUAAGGUAGAGGAGAGCAACAGUGAGGACCACAUCAUCAGAAGAGGCGUUAACUCCAUCGUCACUCUGACACUACCUAGUGUAGACGGCUACCGUGAUCCCACCUGCCUCAGCCCUGCGAGUAGCAUCUCCUCACGCAGCUGUAACUCCGAGGCGUCCUCCUACGAGUCUGGCUUCUACAACUAUGACAACUCCCCACAGAACUCCCCCUGGCAGUCUCCCUGCGUUUCUCCUAGGGGUUCAUCCUCGCUUCUGUCCUGCCCACAUGCCAGUGGCCCUGCAGGUUCCCCUCACCAUUCGCCCUCCACCUCCCCUCAGAUAGGAGCCAUGGCUGAGGAAGGCUGGCCAGCUCAACCUCGCGGCUCCAGGCCCAACUCCCCUUCCUGCAGUGGAGGCAACGGCGGAGGUGGGGGAAUAGGGAAGAGAAAAUACAGCUUCAACGGUGCCCCCUACCAUCAGACAUCCUGCUCACCAAACCAGUCUCCUACGCCCUCUCCGCAUGGCUCCCCCAGGGUCAGCGUCACAGAUGAGAACUGGCUCGCCAACACCAACCAGUACACCAACUCUGCCAUAGUAGCCGCCAUCAACGCUCUAACCACAGAUGGAGUGAUAGACAUGGGGGAGGGAAUCCCAAUCAAGACACGGAAGACAAUGCUGGACCACUCACCCUCCAUGAGCCUGAAGGUGGAGCCUGGUGGCGAGGAGCUGGGUCCCGAUGGGGAGCUCUGCCAUGAGGACUACCCCUCCCGACUGGCCCUCAAGAAGGAGAACUUCUGCGGAGGGUUCCUGGACGUGCCCCAGCAUCCGUACUCCUGGUCUAAACCCAAGCCUUACCUCAGCCCAUCCCUGCCAGCUCUUGACUGGCAGCUUCCAUCGUGCUCCGGCCCGUACAACCUACAGAUCGAGGUGCAGCCAAAGUCCCACCACAGGGCUCACUAUGAGACUGAAGGCAGCCGAGGGGCCGUGAAGGCGCUCUCUGGAGGACACCCUGUAGUGCAGCUUUAUGGCUACAUGGAAAGCGAGCCGCUCACCCUGCAGCUGUUCAUAGGGACCGCAGACGACCGCCUCCUGCGACCACAUGCCUUCUACCAGGUCCACCGCAUCACCGGCAAAACCGUCUCUACCGCCAGCCAUGAAGUCAUGCAAUCCAACACCAAAAUUCUGGAGAUCCCUCUGCUGCCUGAAAACAACAUGAGAGCCAUAAUUGAUUGUGCAGGGAUCCUGAAGCUGCGUAAUUCGGACAUUGAGCUCCGCAAAGGGGAAACAGACAUCGGACGCAAAAACACACGCGUGAGGUUGGUGUUCCGAGUGCACAUCAACCAGUCCAAUGGCAGAACAGUGUCCCUACAGGCCGCCUCCAACCCCAUUGAAUGCUCCCAGCGCUCAGCACAGGAGCUUCCCUUGGUGGAGAAGCAGAGUGUGGAAAGUUACUCUGCCACGGGAGGCAAAAUGAUGCUCCUGAGUGGUCUUAACUUCCUCCCUGACUCAAAGGUGGUGUUCGUGGAGAAGGCCCAAGAUGGGCAUCAUCUGUGGGAGACGGAAGCCAAAGUUGACAAGGACUCCAUCAAAUCUAGUACUCUUGUUGUGGAGAUCCCACCAUACAGAAACCAGAGAAUAUCCAGCCCGGUGCAUGUUAACUUCUACGUCUGCAACGGCAAGAGGAAGAGGAGCCAGUGCCAGCGCUUCACCUACCUGCCUCCUAAUAUGCCGAUAAUAAAGACAGAACCCAGUGAUGAAUACGAUUCUCUGGUGACUGCAGGGCUGCCCAUGCAUUCAAAGCCCUACUACAGCCAGCCCAGGCUCACUCCCAUCAUGCCUGUGGCUGAUCCUGAUGCCUGCCUGGUCGGUGCGUACCCUCCUUGCCAGCCUCGCCAUGCUGCCAUUCCAUCAUCAUCUCCAAGCUCCAGCCCCACCCUGCAUGACCUGUCCCCUGUGGCAUACAGCAAGUGCCUCCCCAGCAGCCCCACCCAUGCGGCACCUCCAGGCUCUGUGGUGCCCCCUAUCCAGGAGAGCCCUGGCCGCCCCAGCCUCGUCCACCCAGCCUCGCCGGACCACAACUCUUGCCUAGGGAUGCUCCAUUCCCAGGGUAGCCCCAGCCACCUCAACAGCCCAGGACCCCAUGGUUACCACCCUAUCUAUGCCAACAGCAGCCCCUCAUCCUCCCCAGCAUCCCAUCCUUCCACUCCCAGUGGGACUGCGGAGAGCCCGUUUGUUCAGGCCUACAGCCCCAGCCAGGCUCCGGCGGCAGCCAACUCAGCCCAGGCCGGAGGGAGCCCACCCAGCCUGCUACCUGAAGAUGCCAGCCCCCCUUCAAUGGCCAUUACCGUCAAACAGGAGCCACAGGAACUGGACCAGAUGUACUUAGAUGAUGUUAACGAGAUCAUCAGGAACGACCUCUCCAGCAUUUCCGUGCAUACUCAUGCAUAGACAUCCAGAGGUCUUCUGCAGCAGCAGCAGCAGCAGCACACACACUCAAACAGCAGCACUGUUAACAGGAAGAGGACAAAAAAAAACAAAAAAAACAUAGAGAUCCAGAUUAUGAAGAAUACAUUUUUGACCAGGAUCUCCCACUGGACCAUUGUUGUCAUCAGCUCCUCCUCACUCAGAGACUGGCUGCAGAUUCACAUUGACAAUCACUGGCGAGCUCCAUUUGAAUAAACAGAUGAAUGUUAUAUUUACAAAAAAGGGAAGUGAUAUCAGGGGCAGAGUAUACGACUACACUUGCCUUAAUAAUUCACAGCAGGUGUUCUUUAGUGGACCAAACAGCUCAAUGAGACUGAACUACUCUCCUGUCGCUGACAAAUGACAAUCUUCUUCAUUUCGAGCCUGAUCUGUAUGUUAAUGCAUGGACAAACGUGAUUCAUCACUUCGGUUCAUCUGUUUGUGCAGUCAGUCCGCUAUACGACCGAAUCUGUGCCUUACAACAGUGAUAUUGACAGCAAACAACAACAGCAGCAGCAGCAGCAGUCACACAAAUGCAAAUGGUUCACGGUGACCCAAAGUGGAAGUUUUUAUAUGACAUUUUUGUAUCAUUUCAAUGAUUUGUUUACAGUGAAACAGAAUAAAAGGCUAGAAAAUACGUAGGGAGUAUGUGAAUUGUAGAAUUGUAUUUUUUUUCCCUUGCUUCCUUAUUAUUCCGUCGCUCAUUUAUACUGAAUGUUAUUGUAUGAUAUUCUUUUGUAUAAACAUGUAUUUGAAAAUAUGUAUGCCUUAUGCUUUUAUCGUGCGGUUUGCUAUUUAGCUUCCCCCUUUUUUUUCCAUUUGUCUUCCCCUGAUAUGAUUUGUACCAUUUCUACUACCCUGCAUUAUGCUUCUCACCUUAGUGCCUAUUUUUUAAUCAUCCUGUCCCGGUCUUCCAGUCCUCCACCCAGAUCAUGACAUAAUGAUGCACAGACAAUCAGAGAAAUAUACAAUACAUAUCCUAUGACAACAGUCCCUGGUUGCAGGGGCUUAUAAAGGCAGGUAGCAGAGUCCCCCUCCCCCUAUCCCAUCCCACCCCUCAGCUAUAAGAUAGUACAACAAUGGUAUGCUUACCUGCUGAAUUUAAAUGAGGAUACUCCAGGACAAUACACGUUUGUCUGUUACUUCUUGCACUGCAGGUUUGCAUGUAAAUAGGCACAGGAAUAUAAUAAGUGCACCACAGGCUCAGUUUUUACUUGUCAUCUGGGUGAUUCCACGGAAGAGUUGGCAGGACUGUUACUACUUACAGCUGGCAAUAAUUGAUCUGAUUAAACCAAAGGAUUUUAUCUUUGGUGAAAUUAUUGUCCAAGUUUUCUUUUUCUAUCAGAUACUUUAGCGUAGAAUGGUUCCCUAUACAAAAACAUACAAAAAACAAAAGAAAACAAAAAAAAAAAAAAACCAAAAACAUUAUGCACUUUACCGUAGAUACAGAGCAGGUUUUCCUGCCUCCAGACCAAAUAUUUGUACAUUGAUUUCCACUGUCAUGUCAUAAACGUACAGUACCUACAUCAGCUCUUCUUUCACACUGCUGCAGUCUUUUCAAUGUCAUCUGUCUUUUAGAGCAUGCAUACCGUACUAAUGUUGGGGAUCAUUUAGCUCACAGUUGCUUCCAGUAUAGCUUCCUAAUACAUUUUUGGACAUAUAGUAUAAUAGCAUGACUAAACUGUAUGAAUAAGGUUUCUAUUUUGUGCCUUACUCUCUUUCUUGGCUACAAGGUCAUUGCAACUCUAUAAUGCUUUUCUGUGUAGGCACAAGGUGGAACAUAUUUCUCUUUAAUAUGAAAUAUUUAUGAAAAAUGAAACGUGUUUUAAGUGCAUUUAAUGUGUUCUCAACAAUUAAUUAAUAAAUGGCAUAA